CGAGGUCGUGGUCAGAAAACAUAACAUGUUGAUAAAUUUCGUGUCUCGCCACGACCUGUCCGAAAAAAGCAUAAACUUGAAUAAUUCCUGAGCGGUGAAACAUUUUGUGCGCGUCCACGUCGAAGAGAACGAAUACAGCACGUAAAAAGGAUCCAGGAGUACAAAUUGAGCAAUGACAGUAGAGGAAAUGUUACACCAAGGAAGUGUCAGUGACGAAAUCAUAGCCCUUAAAUUGAAAAAACCAAAGAACUGGAACUGGGAGUUAACCACAUCGAAAUCAUCUCCACAUAUUCUACUUCCAGUCAUAAAGCUUUACGAUUACCGAGGAAAUUUAGUGCUGGAAACCCAGGAUACUGGUCCAGUUUGUCAGAGGAAAAGUUGGCACAGCGAUUGUCAUCAAACAGAGAAGCAAUGGAGGAUUCCAAGGGAAUCGAAGUUGAGGACAACUCAGUCGGAACGGAGAUGUAGUGACAAGAGGGAUGUCCCCACGCCAAACAAUCCGGGGACAUCGAUUAACCGAAGAGAUAGACGGCGAUCGCACAAAAACAACGACGAUCUCGCCAGAAGUUCCUGUGAGAAUAUCAACGUGACGGCCGGAAAUUCUCCCAAACAACCGGGAAAAGGGGGAACUAUGGAACAAAACAAAGAUGCGGGACGUGGAAGAUGCAGCGGAAUGGCUGGAUUCAAGGAUGGCUACCUUGAGAAGUCCAAGAGCGAUUUGCUGUGGAGUGAAGGUCAGAGACAUCGCAGGACCAGGAGUGAUGACGUUUAUAAGAGGAAACUCAAGUUUAAUGAUGAGCAGCCUUCCAAAUGUUCUCAAUUCAAUGCCACGCACAGCUCCACUUCUAUUGACAAAAAUAUCAAUAAUAAUUCUUCGAAAGAUGGCACUCUUUGCACCAGCGGACGGGGCGUAGAAAGUUUCUCAAAGCAUGACAGCCCCUAUAUUUCAGAAAAUUCCGACAACACUAGAAUAAUGCAGUCGACAACACAUCCCAGGUAUAAAACAAGGACCAGCAGUGCUGGCACGUUAAUAAUAAGCGAGGAAAGUUUCUACAGACCGAAUAGACGAAAGCGCCUCGAGCGAGAAAACACAUCAGCGGAUAUGACGUCAGCAAAGAUUUCGAGGGAAAGAGCCAAGACAGAAAACGAGCGGGAAAUCUCUGCUAAAUCUUCCGAGAACGAGUUUAAUUGCGACCAUCUGAAUGGGAAGACGUCGUUUGAGAGCAGGAGAUCGACGCUUACUUCAUGCUCAUCCACUCCUUACCGAAUAUCGUUUCCCACAACCGACGACGAUGAUAAUUCUGUCAAAACGAUAAUUUCGCAAAUCAAACGGCGAAAUGACGGGCAGAACUCCUUGGAGUUUGUGGAUGGGUCAGCUUCGGAACGUGUUGAAGAUAUAUGUCAACCGAAAGAUCUUCGGAGAUCAACCUCCAAUCUGGCCGCAUCUACGCGGAACGCUGCCGAGCUGAGCCCACAAACCUCCAGGCAGCCGUCCCAGCUGAUGCACCGCAAGAAGAAACGGAGGAAAGUCCGGGAUCAGCGUCGUCUCGGUGAUGGAUCGACGUCUUCCGACGCCGAUAGCGCGGAGUGGAGGAGCCGCGGCGAGGAAGAAACAUCUGCGACGAGAGCUUGCAUCAAACCCAAACAACACCAUUCGUCGGCUCAGAUCUUCCAUACAGACCUCGACGUACCCGACGGAGGUUCUUCGGCGGCACAUCUACUUGAUCUAGUGCGACAUCUGUCGUCACAAGCUGACCGCCAUGUGACUGUGAUGGGCGCUAACGUCAGCCGCCACUCGUCCAAAGGCCUGUCUGGCCGUAGAUCCCAGUCCAGCGGCAGCAUAUGCAACGGCAAGGGAAGGCACAGCAAAGGGGAGUUCUGCGGCAGUCUGCCAAGCUAUCUGGACGAGAGGGAUACUGGGGGAUGCAACAAUAACUACGAUUGCGAGAAAGCAGCCGUUGAUGAGGUUCCUAGAAUACCACCAUUAGGGGAUGGCGCUCCUUUACAUUGGAAAUUCUCAGAUACGCAAACAGCACUUUGCGACCAAGGCUACGGUUCUGAACGAUCACCUGAAGAGGAGUAUCCUCCACCACUACCUGAACACGACCAUCAUUUUCUAGAACCCCAUGAAUGUUACCCCUUCAUCACUCCCGAGAGUACGUUCUUGGUGAAGCUGAACAAGGGUUCCCGGGGAUUAGGACUGAGUGUUACAGGCGGCAUCGACAGUGGCGGCUCGUGGCCAGGGCUGAUUCGUAUAAAAAGACUGUUUCCGCAUCAGCCUGCAUCACAAUGCGGACUGAUAAAUGUCGGCGAUCUCUUGUUAGAAGCCAAUGGCAGUACACUCAUUGGCCUCACUAAUUAUGAGGCUUUAGAAGUACUGAGGACCGCACCUAAUCAAGUCGAACUGAAGAUAUGCAGGCCCCCGCCCGACGUGCUGACCUGCGUGAGCCCCAUUUCCGAGGUGCCGCCCCCGCCGCCCAGAAGGGAGGCAGCCGGAGGCCCCAGCACGCCGCCCCUGGGAUACAGCUCUCCGGAAGACGAUUACUACCACGGGGAAUUUGAAAUCAUCAUAAACAAGAUACAAGGAUCGCUGGGUUUCACGCUUCGAAAAGAGGAUGAUAGCGCCCUGGGUCAUUAUGUGCGGGCAUUAGUCCGUGAACCGGCCUUAACCGAUGGCAGGAUCAGGGCGGGAGAUAAAAUCGUUGCGGUGAACGACGUCGAAAUAUCCCCCAUGAGUCACGAGCAGGCGGUGCAGUUCUUGCGGCAGUGCGGAGAAGAGGUGAAAUUGCGCCUGUAUAGAGACGCGUCCCAGACGCCUGUGGCCGCGUUGUCGCCCACCGAAACCACCCCAAGGACGUCGUUCUCCCGGAAAUCCAAUUUGAGACAGGAGGCUGUGGACAUGCUGAACGAUAUAGCGGUUCGUAAGCUGAUCCCAGGUAAUCAAGACACAUACAGACGAUCACUUUCACCAAGUGCUUCACCCAGGAGGCUGCGUCGCCAACCUUACCCAUCCGAUGCCUCUCAAGAAACCGAUCACUCUUCCACCAAAUACCCCGUUCUAAAUGACAACGAUCAAUUUCACGAGGGGCUGCUCCACCAUGCGCACCCCUUCAGCGACGACACCUCUCUGUUCAUAGUUGACUCCUCGGACGACUGCGACAAACCGUCUCGACCCAGUUCCCUUGAUCUUUACAAUCCUAACCAAACUCCGGUGGUGGCGCGAAAGCCCCGUUUCAACUUCUCCCUUGCCCACAACGCAUACGAACUCAAUAAUCUUGACGCUGAAGUUUUAGACGCGCCUAAUCUUACGUAUAACCUAGGUCAUGACGAAGGUAAGGGCCCAGAUCAAGGCCAAGCCAAUGACAGCUUCGGUCAGGGACCCGCCAGCAUGCCCCACAUUCCCCUCGAGAAUUCCUCUGCCGGGUUCAGCUACAAGAACCCAGCUUACCAGACCGCCCAUCCGUCCUGUGUCACUGACCAUGAAGAACAGCCUCCAGCACCUUCUAGGACCGCUCCUCCUCCCCAACAGCAAAUGGUGGAAGACUGCAAGAGUAGAAAAUGCAGGAGCUCCGUCUUGGAAGAAAAAGAUGAACCUAUCCAGAGCACGGCUGAAUUCGAGAUGCAGGAAGAAAAUGAGAUUCUUGCCAUCGAGCUGAACCGUGGUUGGAAUAGCAGAUUGGGAUUCAGUUUGCAAGGGGCAGCAGGAGUUACAUACGUCAGUGCUGUAUAUGCUAAUAGUGUGGCUGCCAGAGACGGUCGACUGAAACCUGGUGACCGGGUGAUAAGGGUUAACGACGAGAGCGUGGAACACAUGACCACAACCGAAAUUAUUGAUUUAUUGAGAAUUGUGAGAGGUCCAGUUUGUAUUGUUGUAUCGAGAACAAAUUCAAAGGAAGACUGUAUUAAAAGCAAUGCUGCGAAUUGAAUUGUAGUUAAAAAUGCCCUGAUGCAUUUCUCCUUAGUAUAGGGCAGUGGAGAAUAUGAACAAUUUUUGCUCUGUUCUGUACUCAUAUAUUCUAAAUUAGUGUAAAAUUGUAGCAUAAUUAUUCUAUUCUCUCUCAUGCUCAGAGUCAUUUGAAUGUCCCAAAUAUAUAAUUAUUAUGAAAUGUAUUCGCCACGAGUUCAAUUGGUUCUCCUGAACAUUCAUGUUUCCUGUAAAUUAUUUGUACAAUGUUGUCGAAUUCAUGUAAAAUAUCUAAAAAGUAAUGUGAUAAUUUGAGUUGUGUAUUUAUCUCUAUAAAUUCCACUUCGAUAUUCGAAAUUGGAAUCUUUUCCUUCUAAGUUAUAUUUCGAAAAAAAUCAUUUUAUAUACACAAAGGAUUCCAAUUUAUAUUCUAUACUGUAUAUUCGCAAAUUGUUCCUCAAGUCAUUGCUUGUUCCGUUUUUUAUUCGUUUAUCUGUUUCAGCAGUUUCUGUGUAUCAAUUUUCAAUAUUUAUUUUUCAUUGAGUAGCGAUUUGAAUUUGUAGAACAUACUGUAAAUUGUGAUCUAUUUGUAGGCUGUGUAUUUGGGAAGCUGAAGGAAUAUCGCCAUCCAUAUUCAUUUAUAAAAUAAAUACUGAAAAUUAUUCUUAAAUCAUCAGAUGAUCAAGAGCAAUACUGAUGCAGUGCCCAAAACUGAGUAUUCCGAUUUUUCCUUUUUUAUAUUAGAAAAAGGUCGAUCUGAUAGAACAAGAUAUGAAUUUGAUUUCCUCAUUAUCUAGUCUUCAGCAAAUUAGCAAGUGAAAAAAUUUCGGAACUUUCAAAGUUCACGAUGAAAAAAAUGAAGUUUCAAAAGUUGAAACAUCGCAACUGUUGAGAGGAUUAUUGGUAUCAUAAUUGCUGAAAUAUUGUUCGUCAGAGUUAAAAUGUACUUAGAAGUCUAAGCAAGUCUAAAAUGUACAAAGAAAGAUAUUCUUUGUGAUGAUACCAAAUUACAAAUCUAUUGAUUUGAUGAUAGAUAUAGAUUGAAAUCAAUGUAGUUUAUUAUGUACAUCCAAUUGUAAUAUGUUUGGAGUAGUAGAUGCACAGUAUUUAAAGACACAUAUGAAAUCAAUUACUUAUAAGACGAUAAAAAGUUAUUUUAAAUAUUUGCCUAAUAGAAACUGCAUUAUUUAUUUUUGGUAUGAAAAAAAAUAUUACCUCUACUUCUCAAUGAAUUUUAAAAUAUAUAAAAAUUUUAAUCUAGUUUUUCGUUCUCUUUUUGUAUAUAUUGUUUCGAACGAGAAUUUGUCUGAACUUUUCUUAUUUAAAACCAAAGAUAAAAUAAAACUCGUUGAAUCUU